AUGGUGUCCUAUGAAAGUCCGAUGGCGCACGUAAUGGGGAACAACAACCUCGACUCGGCGGAGCCUUUCAAGUCCGAGCUCAUCGAAAAAAUGAACAUGAAGGUUAAAGUAAGUGAAUAUUGGUUUCACUUCGCGCUGAAUGCAGUAUACAAAAGAUACAACAUCAAUCAACCACCCAGAGGCGACUCAGAAUCACGUGCGUUGUUUAUCGACUGUUUUCACCGUCUGCAGUACACCAUCAGCGAGCAGCAGCAGCGGGGCAUCGACCCGGCCACGGACUUGGUCCUCAUGCAGAUCAUGAAUCAAGUGUUCGACAUGCACCCCGAUUGGCUUGACCGGCGGAACAACAACAAUCAACCGCCGGCAAUAGCCCCGGCCAGCGGAUGCGGCGGCGACGACGAGACGUCGUCGGUGGCGUCGUCCGCGUCGUCGUCCAACCCGCCGUCCUCGUCGCGCCCGCGCCAGACGCGGCCGUUCAAGUGCACGGUUUGCGGCAAAGAGUUCGGCUACAAGCAUGUGCUCCAGAACCACGAGCGCACGCACACCGGCGAAAAGCCGUUCGUGUGUUCGGUGUGUAACAAGUGUUUCACCCGCGACCAUCAUCUCAAGACCCACGUCAGACUGCACACCGGCGAAAAGCCGUUUUGGUGUCCGCACUGCAAUAGGUUCUUCGUGCAGGUGGCCAACUUGCGCAGACACCUCAAGACCCACACCGGCGAGACGACCUAUCCGUGCGAGUACUGCGUCGCGUUCUUCGAGACGGCCGUCGAGCUGAAGGACCACAAGCGACAGCACAAGGAGAACAACAAGCCCCGCGGGGUCGUGAAAAAACGCUGCCGCGCGGCCGCGGCCGUGCACCAGACGGCCGAACCGUCCACGUCGGUGCCGUCGUGGACGCCGGCCACGCACGGUUCCCCGCCACCGUCUCCAAAGCCGUCCGCGCCCACCAGUUGUUGGUCAUCGCCACCGCCUCAGCCCCAGGCGGCGUACGUGCAGCAGCAGAGUCAACCGGGAACUAUCUCGCCGCACACGAGCCCGUCCAUCGAGCCGUAUCAUUAUCUACAGUUCAUCGCCCGGUUUCAAUCGCCAGAACGGAGUGGCAAACCUUUUGUCAAGUUCGAGUCGCCCGAACAGACGGAGCCCGAAGACCUUUCCGUCAAGCCCGAGAACAAGAUGAUCGUCGACGUUGCCAUGGAUCUCACGUGUAAAUAAACAAAACUUUUAUUACUAUAAAUUUCAGAAAAGUAAUAAUAAUAAUAAAAUUAAAAAAAAAAAACAAUCAAUUAAAAAAAAAUUUACAACAACUUCAUAUUAUAUUCGAUAUGUUUAUUUUAUGUCCAUCGCCCAUAAAUUACCACUUUGAAUUACAAUUUACAAUUAUUAA